GUACUACUGGUCCCAUUUCAGACGACUGAAUGUUGAAUGGGCCUGCCAGCACCCAGCUGAGGGGACGAUCCCUAUCAGUGUCUAUGGUGACGAGGCAACGUACUCCAGCCUGCAAGACAAGUUCCUGGCACUGAACCUGUCUUGUCCUCUUUUCCGGCCGAAGGGAAAGUCAUCCUGGACCAAAUACUGGCUCUUCUUCAUCGUCUCCAGUGCCAUACACCUGGGGAACGUCACGCUGCGUCCAAUUUUAUGCCGUGCUGUCUGGAGCCUCAACCUGGCUCGGAGGCAGCUCGCGUAUGCCAUCGUUGUGACGCCUGUCGCAUUCCCUCGCAUGGUGGCCGAAUGUUCACGAAGUUCGGUGAGAUCGAACAGUUUGCACAAACGAGCACAGCGCAGUUUAUAUUGCAGGUCCUGCCGGACCAACCAUGCCCAUUGA